GGAUACGUUCAAACAACUAAACUCUACUUCAACUCUCUCCCUAAUGUAAAUAAAACAGUGAGUAAAUGUUUAAUGGGCAACACGUUGUUUAAACCCAGAUUUUGGAAAAUGUUACCCUCUUCAUCAGUUGUUGUAAUUUUGGGAUGCACAGGAACUGGAAAAUCUAAAUUGGCUAUUCAUUUGGCGAAAAAAUUUAAUGGUGAAGUAAUCAGUGCUGACUCAAUGCAGGUGUACAAAGGCUUAGAUAUUGUAACAAAUAAAGUAACUCCUGAAGAGCAAAAAGAAGCAGUGCAUCAUUUAAUAAAUUGUGUUGAUCCUCUUAGUCGCUAUACUGUUGUCGACUUCCGGAACAAAGCUUUGCCUCUGACUUUUAAAAGAAAACAAGAUGCCAAUCAUAGUUGGUGGCACAAAUUACUACAUUGAAUCUUUGUUAUGGGAAGUGCUGGUUAAUCCUCAGGUAUAUUAAAAAAAAAUGUAUUGAUACAACUACAUAUGUAAUUAAAUUUGCUAUAUGUAUUUUAUCUUUGUUUAUGUUUUCAAGCAA